AUGAUUGCCUGUGGAGUGCAGCACCGCUAUGCUGGCAGAGUCCAGGAUCUUUUACUGAAAUUCAAGAUUUCUCUAGCUAUCAUUUUACUUCACGUGUUUCUGGCUACCUCGGACAUAGCAAAUGAUGUAACUUCCAGAUCAUCAGCUGCAAAAUCUUCAGAAACCAUAUCUGUAGAAUCUUCUAUUGUUACUUUCAUCACCUACCCCAUUAAUGCUUCAGCUACAAGUUCAGAUACAAGCACUGCAGCCAGAACUUUAAGUGUGUUGCCAAAGCCAAACCAUACAGAAACUACUAAUAUUCCUGAAUUUAACUUCUCCACAACAAUAGAAUCCUCUAUCAUUACUUUUAUCACCUACCCCAUUAAUGCUUCAGAUACAACUUCACUAGAAAGAACAAGUGCUGAAGAAACUUCUAAUAUCCCUGAAUUUAACUUCUCCACCACAGCAGAGAAAUUAGCUGCAAAUAGAACCUUCAAUGUAACUGACAGUGUUACUCUACCAACCAUUGCCAACAUAAAUGGUUUAAGUCAUUGUAAAAAUGAAACAAAACUAUCUGGUAACAACUUAUAUAAUUUAUCAGCCAUAUGUAAUAAUUCAGUUUUCUACCUGGGCUAUGUAAAAUUUCAGUACAGUGAAAAAAGCAAUAAUACUUCAGUAAGUGUUGAAAUAAUUGAUGAUGUAACCAGUAGCCAUAAAGUUACAAAAUUAAUUCCAUUUACAACACCUACUCUACAAGAAUCCCAAAUUUCAGAAUUCAACAAAACAUUGCAAGAACAAAGUGAGUCUUCUUUCAUGGAGUGUGCUGCAGAAAACCAAAGUAUAUCAGUCUGCAAGUUUAUAGUAAAGCUGGCCAAGACUGUUAAUAUAAGCAGUUUAAUAGCACGUUUUAAAAGAGCAAAAGUAGGACAAAUUGAACUGUGCUGCUGUUCAGCUCUGCAAUCUUGGCCCUCAACUGCUGAAGAGUUACAAAUGUUGCAAUGUUAUGGACAAGACACAGUUGUAUGUGCUGCCCCUAGCAAAUGUGGCCCUCCAGCUUCUCCUGCUCCUUCUUCCAGUAAAAAAUCUAUUGGCAAACCUCCUCCUAAUAUUCAUGCCCCCAAACAUACCACUGUUUUUUCUCCUCAUCUUUCAACCAAAUCUAGUACUAUAAAUAAUCUUUUGACUAAACAUAUUGCUAUGCAUUCCACCACACCUACCACAGUUUCCCCUGCUACUCCUUCUCCUACACACACCACUACAAUUCCCCCUGCUACAUCUUCUCCUACAACUAGCAUUACAAUUCCCCUUCCUAUGCCUUUCACCAAAUACUUCACUACAUCUCUCACCAAAUCUACCACAAUUUCUCUUCCUAUGUCUCCAACCAAACCUGCAACUGUAGCUCCUUUUGCCAUUCCUUCAACCAAACCUAUAAAUGUGUCUCCUGCUUCUUCCACUGAACCUACCAUCCUCUCUCCUCCUGGUAUUCAUUCGACCACUGAUAGCCAAGCUACUGGGGCCAACGGUACAACAGGAAACACUUUGGAUAAUCCAUCAAAUAUCACACCUACCACGAUUAAUGCCUCUGAAGUUGACAGCAUAAUAUCCAAAAUGGAAAGUGCUCUGUCAGCCCAGAAAAUAGAGCCAAAAGUUGCAAGAGAGAUGGUCAACACAAUUAGCAAUCUCCUAAAUGUUCCAUUACUAUCCCCAGCGUCUAAAAGAAUAAUAAAAAUAGUGGAUGCCAUUGGCUUAAAACUGAACUUUUCAACAGAAUCCAUUAAUUUUACCUCCCCGGCCUUGGCUCUAGCAGUCACCAAAGUCCACAGCAGCAACUUCAGCAAAAUGUCAUUCGCUGUCCAAGAUUCAUCAGAUCUUCAGAUUACUCUAGGCACCCAAGCACCUAUAAAUAGUAUUGGAGCAAUUGCACUGCCUUCCUCAUUGCUGACAAACUUGUCUUCUGAAGAUAUGCCUCUGGCUUCUAGAAUUAUAUUCAACUUUUUUGAAAAGACAACUCCAUUUCAGGAUUCUUCACUCGAGAAUCUCUCUCUAAUCAGCAAUGUCAUAUCAUCAAGUGUAGCUAACCUCACACUUAGUGACUUGAAGGCAAAUGUUACUGUCACUCUACAGAACACCAGGCCUAUUCAGGAUAAUUUAACAGUUAGAUGUGCAUUUUGGGACUUUAAUGAAAAUGAUGGCAAAGGAGGCUGGUCAUAUGAAGGAUGCAUGGUUAAAGAAAGGAGAGAAAAUGAAACCGUUUGUACAUGCAACCACCUCACAAGUUUUGGAGUUUUGCUGGACCUGUCCAGAAAUCCUACUUUACCACCCAUCCAGACACUGGUUCUGACUUUUAUCACCUAUAUAGGCUGUGGUUUUUCUGCAAUUUUUCUUUCUGUUACUCUUGUAACCUACGUAGCCUUUGAGAAAAUCAGGAGAGACUACCCUUCCAAAAUCCUUAUUCAACUGUGUGCUGCAUUACUUCUACUCAACCUAGUUUUCCUCCUUGAUUCAUGGAUUGCUCUGUAUAACAUACGAGGCCUGUGCAUCACAGUUGCUGUAUUUCUUCAUUAUUUCCUCUUGGUUUCCUUCACUUGGAUGGGCCUUGAAGCAUUCCACAUGUAUCUUGCCCUUGUCAAAGUGUUUAAUACCUAUGUACGGAAAUACAUCCUUAAGUUUUGUAUCGUUGGCUGGGGUGUACCACUUUUAGUGGUAGGCAUUGUAUUGGCUAUAACACCAAAUAACUAUGGGCUUGGAUCAUAUGGAAAGUUUCCUAAUGGCUCACCAGAUGAAUUCUGCUGGAUCAACAAUAACAUUGUCUUCUAUAUUACUGUUGUGGGAUACUUCUGCAUGAUAUUCCUAUUGAACGUCGGCAUGUUUAUAGUGGUGCUGAUUCAGCUUUGUCGAAUCAAAAAGAAGAAACAACUUGGAACUCAGAGAAAAACCAGUAUUCAAGACCUCAGGAGUGUUGCAGGCCUCACAUUCUUAUUGGGAAUUACUUGGGGAUUUGCCUUUUUUGCAUGGGGGCCAGUAAAUCUGAUAUUUAUGUACCUCUUUGCCAUCUUUAACUCUUUACAAGGAUUCUUCAUUUUUAUCUUCUACUGUGUGGCAAAGGAAAAUGUCCGCAAACAGUGGAGACGAUAUCUGUGUUGUGGAAAAUUCAGGCUGGCUGAAAAUUCUGAUUGGAGUAGAACUGCUACUAAUGGUUUAAAGAAGCAGACUGUAAACCAAGGAGUAUCCAGUUCUUCCAAUUCCUUACAAUCAAACAGUAACUCUACUAAUUCCACCACACUGCUAAUGAAUAAUGAUUAUUCAGUACACGCAAAUGGGAAUGGUAAUGUCUCCAGUGAGAAGAAUGGUGUUUCUUUCAGUGUACAGAAUGGCGAUGUGUGUCUUCGUGACUUUUCAGGAAAGCAGCUCGUAUUUCAUGAGAAGGAUGAUGCAGACCACAAAAAAACCCGCGUCUCACUCAGAAGGACUUCAAAGAGGGGAAGCCUACAUUUUAUUAAGCAAAUGUGAUUUUUUUUUCAAAGCACAUUGUUUUACAGUGUAAAACACAGAUUUUUACUUUAACUAUUUUACAUAAUGUGAGAAGACCAGAAACUGAUCCUUGUUUUAUAGACAGUACCGGAGCCUUGAGGCAGUCAUAUACUGGGUUGAUAAGGAGAGUUAUAAUUAUUUAAAAAGUCAUUGCUACUAUUUGACAAGGUACUUCAGAUACUACAUCACAAUUGGCACAAUUUCCAAUUUGAUUUUCCAUUCUUUCUUUUCCCCCCCGCAAGGUUUAAAGGAAGGUUUGGUUUUAGACUCUUAUUUUCUCAGUAUAACUACAAUUAGUAUAUCUGAAUACAAUACAUAGUAUUGUAAAUGUAAAUGUAGGUAACUACAAAUUACACUUAAACAAGAUUCUAAGUUAUCUUUCAAAAUGUUAGUUUCAAAUUGUCUACUACAACAUUUUUAAGAUUAUAGUUGCAGAUUUUAUAGCAUUGUAAAUAAGCAAAACAAUAUCCACCUUUAAGCAUUUUUAUAUUUAUUUCUUGUAAUAUAAAUUUACAAAUAUUCCUUUGUAUAGAAAAAUUGAUAUUUUGUUUUAACUUUAUUGUUAGAAUGUAGUUAAAGUUGAUUAUUUCAAUUAACUUCUGAAGCAUUCUACAUUAUAUAUUUAUAGGUAAUUUGUUCAGUAUGUGAAAUAAUUUACAGUGGUUACAGUGUGAAGAUGUUCACAAGACAGAGAACUGUAAAUAUGAACACUGUCACUAUAGAACCACUGACUGGGACCCAGGAAUACAGUGCAUGGGUGUCUUGUCAAGGGAUAAAACUCCGCAGGAGGGAGUGAUGGAUAAAGUAGGCAAUGGGCUACUAGCUAUAUACUUGGAGUGAAAUCCUGGCCCCAUUGAAGUCAAUGGGAGUUUUGCCAUUGAUUUCAAUGGGGACAUGAUUUCACUCCCAGUGGUUGUAACAGAAAUAAAUACGCAGCCAGUUCACAACUGCAAUAUUUAAAGAAAAAUAAUUAUCAUUAAAAAAACCAGUACCUGUUAUUAUUUAGUAGCCAAGCGUUUGUUUCAUUAUUAAAUUUUAUAAAAGAUCAGUUUCUCUCACAUCCUGAGCUAUAACGCAGGUUUCUAUUUGUUUUUGGUCUCUGCUGACUGUCAGAUCCUGAGGUCCUUACUCAGUGUUUACUUGUUACCUACUCAACUAAAACUUCUAAUGAUCUUCAGUGCGCAUUUAUGAGGAAAGACUAAAAAGACUGGGACUUUUCAGCUUGGAAAAGAGAUGACUAAGCGGGGAUAU